CGGCGGCGCCCCUGCUUUCUGCGGGUUGGAGGUGAGGCGUGAGCUCCGCCCGGCUCCCUCUCGCCGUGCCCGCCCAUGCUGCUUCCGCUUCGGCUGCUGAGGGCCAUGUGGCUGAGCGCUGAAGGCGUCCUCUUCCCCCUCCUCCUCCUCCUCUUCCUCAGCAGUAGUUGGAGCCCGGAGCGCAUGAGGAGAGGCGCUUCCUUCCCCGCCUGAAGUGCCAGCAGCGACUGGUGAGGGAAGCAGGUGGCGACGACUCAAGCCAGUUACACUCAAAUCGAACCCCAUAAAAACAAACCGGCGGAGAAGAUGCUGCUGUCGCUGGUGCUGCACACUUACUCCAUGCGCUACGUGCUGCCCGCCGCUGUGAUGUUGGGCACCGCCCCCACCUACAUCCUGGCCUGGGGAGCCUGGCGCCUGCUCUCCGCCGUGCUGCCCGCCCGCUUCUACCACGAGGUGGAUGACCGGCUGUAUACCAUCUACCAGAGCAUGGUCCUCUUCUUCUUCGAGAACUACACCGGCGUGCAGAUAAUUCUAUAUGGUGAUUUGCCAAAAAGUAAAGAGAAUGUGGUAUAUAUAUCAAAUCAUCAAACUACAGUUGACUGGAUUAUAGCAGACAUGUUGGCCAUCAGGCAAAAUGCUCUUGGACAUAUUCGAUACGUUUUGAAAGACGGAUUAAAGUGGCUUCCUUUGUACGGGUGGUAUUUUUCUCAGGUAAAUCUUAAUUCUGUUUCU